ACAUGGAGCUAAUAUGCCUCCUCCUUUUCUUAAUACAUGGAAUGCCUUUGGCUUUUACUCAGUUUAAUGGCUACAACUGUGAUCCUGGCCUCCACAGCAGGUUUCCAGCUGAGCGGGAUAUCACUGUGUACUGUGGUGUGCAGACCAUCACACUGAAGAUCAACUUCUGUCCAGUGCUCUACUCGGGCUACACUGAUGCAGAUCUGGCCUUGAAUGGGCAUCACGGUGACGCUCAGUGCCGUGGCUUCAUCAACAACAACACGUUCCCAACAGCGGUGCUGUUCAGCAUCAGCCUCAGCACACUGGAGGCCUGCGGAAACAUGCUGGUGGUCUCGGCAGCUCCUAGCUACAACGCUUUUGGAAAUAUAUCCCUGGUACAGAUAGGGAAUGUUUCAGGCUACAUCGACACCCCUGACCCUCCAACUAUCAUUAGCUACCUGCCAGGAUUGCUUUAUAAAUUCAGCUGCAGUUAUCCUCUGGAGUACCUGGUUAACAACUCUCAGCUGGCAUCAUCAUCAGCAGCAAUAGCAGUAAAAGACAACAAUGGCACCUUUGUGAGCACCUUGAGCUUGAUUCUAUACAAUGAUUCAUCCUUCAGUCAGCAGCUGUCCGUUCCCAUGGCCGGUCUGGCUCUGAAGACUAGAGUGUUUGCUGCUGUCAAGGCCACAAAUCUAGAUCGGAGGUGGAAUAUCCUGAUGGAUUACUGUUACACCACUCCCUCUGGGAAUCCCAAUGAUGAGAUACGCUACGAUCUUUUCUUCGGAUGUCACAAAGACCCACAGACUACAGUUUUUGAAAAUGGGAAAAGCCAGAUGGGUCGCUUUGCCUUUGAAGUUUUCCGGUUUGUCAAACACAAAAACCAGAAGAUGUCCACUGUCUUCCUGCACUGUGUCACAAAGUUGUGUCGGGUUGAUGACUGCGCAAUGUUGAUGCCGAUCUGUGGAAUAAGAAGAAAGAGGGAGGACCCCAUACCUCCUCAUGCUUCCACUGAAGAUGCUAUCAUAACAGCUGGCCCUAUAAUCACCAGAGGUGAUGAAACCUCAACCACCAACUCACAGCUUGCGUCACCAAGUGACCCCUCCUCACCACUGGACACAGUGACGAGUGCUCUUGUUGCCGGGGUGGCAGUGUUGGGCCUGAUGAGCUUGAGCUUCUUCAUCCUUUCCAUCAGGCUUCUACGCAGAUCCAGUCCCACAUCACUGGCUGGCAUAUGGAACCCCAGCUUUAAAUAAAACACACAACCCUACUGCAUAAUCUCUGCCUUCUAAAUCUUUUCCAUCCGAGUCACUGCCAUUUACAGAAAGUAAGUUUUGGCAGGGCCAGAAUUCAGACCACUGUCUGUUAUGUAUUUUGUUUACUAUUGUUCUUAAUAAUAAUAUUAUGUUACUCCUUUUAACGUCUUUAUAUCUUCUUCUACUUCCUGCAGCCAUUGGGUUUGCCUUACACCUUACUCUUACUGUACUUCUGUAAAAAAAGAAAACGUAGACACAAGCAGCCAAAGUUUUUGUUUAUUACCUCAUCUAGAUAUAAUUAUACACCCUUCAUGAAAAUGAGGAUAAAGUUAUAUAGUUAAGUGAUUAUACAUAAAUCUUUGAGCUUGAACUUACACAAACUUUGUAUGGACCAUAGUUCCCUGGAGAGAAUAACAACACAGAGUCUGUCUGUAAAAUCUAACAAUGUUGGAGACACUUCUAGGGAAUAAUGGCCCGUGGAGAUGGAGAUAGUUAUUGCAAAACAGUGAUUUAUCUUGAUUUUAUUAUAUACUGACUCAUCUUCUUUCUGAAAGCUCUAUAAAUAUGACCAAGUCUAUGUCAGAGGUUACCAGGUUUUGGGCUAAAAUACGCUGGGGCUUAUAUUAAUGCCAUCAAUCUGCAACAAGAGCUGCUGAACUACCGGCAACAAAACAGCCCCAAGGGUUACAAUUUCUUUGUAUGGAGUCCCGAAAAGGUUUUUUAAGGAAAGAAAAGGACCCUUGUGACCAAAUUUUGGACUCUUUGACUACAAUAUAGAAGUUGUAAUGAUGCUUCCAAAAUAUGAAUUA